AUGGUGAGAGAUGCAGAUGAACAUUUUGUUGAUAAGCCUGAAGAAUUUUUGAAAUUUUUAGAAGAUGCGGAGAAACCAAUAUUCUCAGGGGCACCUUUGUCAAAAUUGGUUGUUUUAGUAAAACUAUACAACUUAAAAGCUGGUAGUGGUUGGAGUGACACAAGUUUCACAAAGUUAUUAACUUUAUUAAAAGAAAUUUUACCAAAAGACAAUGAAUUGCCUUCCUCGCUUUAUGAAGCAAAAAAAACAUUGUGCACAUUAGGAAUGGAGUAUAGCAAGAUUCACGCUUGUCCAAAUGAUUGCAUUCUAUAUCGAAAUCAAUAUGAGAGUGCAACUGAGUGCCCUGUAUGUAAAACAUCUAGAUGGAAAAAAAAUAAGAACAACAAAGAAUGUAAGAAAGGGAUUCCAGCAAAAGUAUUGUGGUAUUUGCCGCCAAUACCUAGGUUUAUACGUUUGUUUCGAAAUCCUGAACAUGCCGAAAGUCUGCGAUGGCAUGAGGAUGGAAGGAUCAAAGAUGACAAAUUGCGCCAUCCAGCUGAUUCCCCAGCUUGGAAAGAGGUGGAUGAACUAUGGCCUCAAAUAAGAGAAGAUCCUAGAAACCUUCGACUUGGUCUUUCUGCUGAUGGCAUCAAUCCAUUCAGCAAUAUGAGCUCAUCUUACAGUUGUUGGCCAAUGAUUCUAUGUAUUUACAAUCUUCCUCCUUUGUUGUGUAUGAAAAGAAGAUUCACAAUGUUAACUUUGUUGAUAUCAGGUCCCAAGCAACCCGGAAAUGAUAUAGAUAUCUAUUUAGCACCAUUGAUAGAUGACUUGAAGGUGUUGUGGAACGGAAUUGAUUGUUAUGAUUCUUUUAAAAAAGAAAAUUUUAUACUUAGAGGUGUACUCUUAUGGACAAUCAAUGAUUUUCCUGCUUAUGGUAAUUUAUCAGGAUGUUUUGUGAAAGGAUAUAAAGGAUGUCCAAUAUGCGGUGAACAAACAAGCGCCACAAGAUUAGAACAUUGUAGGAAGAUGUGUUAUAUGGGUCAUAGAAGGUUUCUACCAGAAAAGCAUUAUUACCGAAAGCAAAAAUUAGCAUUUAAUGGUGAGCAAGAGUUGCGAGAAGCGCCUACACCAAUGACUGGAGAAGCUAUCUAA